CGAUGCAUGGGGCGUAAAUAAAGACGUAAAUGCCGUAAAUUUGUGAAGUGUAUUUUGAAUAAAAUAUAAAAUUAUCUAAAUUAGUCUGACAAAAAUUGCUAAUUUCUACAUAUAUAUAUAUAUAAAAAAAAUAAAAAAAUGAUGACUGAUGUUGAAGAAUCUACAGUGGCCAGUGAAAUUCAACCGCAACUGCGAUCCUCCGGAAGGGAAAAUAAGGAGCUGGCAAUUUCAGAAGAUUUACAAAAAGCUGUGGAGGAACUUUCCCAGGGUCUUUUAAGUAUUUAUCAACCACCACUCGAACAACUCGAAAAGGAGCUCAAAGAAUUAACGACCAAACAAGAAAGUUUGCUUCAUGAGAUGAAAAAUGAAAAUAAAAAAAUCGACGAAGUACAAGAAGAGCCGAGUUUAAAGGAAAUGUUUUCGAUUAUAAACAAAUAUCAAGGAAAGUUGGCUUCCUUAAAAUCGGAAAUGAGUUCAAUCCACGAAAGAACUUCGAAAUUAAAAAAUCGUGCACAGCGAUUGCAAAAAACAAAACAAAAGGAAGCACUCACGAAAGAACAUAAACGAGAACAAGAAUUGCGUCGUGAGCAGGAACUGAUUGGAAAGCGAAAAAAUGAGGAGCCAGAAGCGAGUUAAAAAAUUAAUUAAAUUCUCGAAUAAUUACAAAAGGCUGAGAAUAUUAUUGGGACAUAAUCAUUCAUUUUAGAUUUAAAGCAGUUAUAAUUUGGCAAUAUAAAUUUUAAGGAAACGAGUCAUAGAUUUAAUAUUAAUUGCGAUAAUGGGAUGUAAAAAUAAAGUUGAUUAAACAGAGUUUCUAUGAAA